GAACUCGAUUUCAUCCUAUCUCAGGAUUGGUGGCUCUCAGGACGAAAACACCAUCUGGGCAAGGCUAAUUCAACAUCCCCAUGGUAUUGGCACAAGGAUAGUCCCAUAGUGAAUCGGUACUAAGAUAUGACGUCUAUUUCUUCUUCAGGAGUUUCGGUCGGACAAAGCCUAGUGGGUGGUUUCAUGGAUGGAUGGAUUUCUAUACACCGCAAUCGAGGCCGGGUGGUAAAGCCUCGAAUCGCUCACUUAUACUAUAAUACAGAGAUUACAUUUUUGAUCUCGGCGUAUACCAUCCUUCUCUUUCCCCUUUCUCUAGUCUUCUUCGUUCAUUUUCCCAUAUCUUUCAAGUCCUUCGAGAACUUUUCCCGAGAUAUGACGCGAGUAAAUUUUUCUUUAAGCCGUGGCCGCGAUAAGUGUAUGCAUGUCAGUCAGUUUUCGUCCCAAACUCGAAUCCAGCCCGUCCUAUGCAAGUACCGUGCCCGCCAUUUCAGAGUAGAGUUUCGUCUCGUUCCGGGGUAACGUAAUAGUAAUAGUAGUAGUAGUGGUAGUUAUGGUCGUCGUGCGUAAGCCCCAUUCGCAACUCAUAAUGCGAUCGUUCAACGCCUUCUCCCAGGCGUUCCUCAUAUCAUACAUCUCCAUAAGUUACAUAUCUUCCUAAUCUAGUUCAUUGACUUAUUUAUUAGGCUCGGCAGGGGUAGGCGCAGGCGCAGGAUUAUCCUCCGGCUUAGAGGGUAAGA